AUGAACCAAACUCGCCGCACCCACCUAAAAUCCCUCGCCCACCGCGGCACAAUCCAAGGCGUAACAAUCUCCACUGAAACAUCCACCCCAAAAGACCUCUGCCACUACUACGGCGGCGUCCGCUACGGACUCGCUCCCUCCCAGCGCUGGCGCCGCGCCAAACCCCUCCCCGCAUCCUUCACCUACGGCAGCGCAGAAGCCCCUGGCCUCUGCGACAGCGGCGCAGGAUUAUGUCCGCAGCCGGGAUUCCUCCAUCUCUCACCCGAGAACCCAGAUGCCUGGAACGAGGACUGUUUCCAAUGUAACAUCUGGACGCCCAUCGGCGACGAGCCAGAGGGUGGAUGGCCAGUUUUUGUCUUCAUCCACGGCGGCUGGCUCCAAUUCGGCACACCAAACAGCUUCAACGCGGCAUCCCUAAUCGGCUCAGCCGGCUUCAAAAGCGUAAUCGUCAUGCCCGCCUACCGCGUCAACCUCUUCGGCUUCCUCUACUCAAGCGAGCUAGCAGCCGAUUCCGCAACCGCCAACGAAACAACCGGCAACCACGGCUUCUGGGACCAGCGCCUGGCACUAGAAUGGACAAAAGAGAACAUCCGCCUCUUCGGCGGCGACCCAUCCCGCAUAACCAUCUCAGGCUACUCCGCCGGCGCAAACUCCGUCUUCCACCAACUAGCCCACGAUCUCCGCCAACCGGCCGAAAAUGCAAUUAUCAACCAAGCCGUCAUCUGGUCCAAUAGCCCAACCGUGCCGCCGAAGAAACCAGCCGAAACACAGACCCAAUUCGACGAGCUGCUGACAGCAUUAGAUAUCCCGCUUACCCUGCCAGCUGCAGAGAAGGUAUCUCAUCUUCGCUCUAAACCGGCCAAACAGCUCCUCGACACAGUGUCCAAAAUGCAGCUACACCAAUUCCGGCCAACCACGGACGGGGAUUUCAUCUCGGAAGCGCUGUUCGAAUCACUCGAUUCCGGCGCUUUCGCUCAGGCAUUGCUGGAUAGGAAUAUCCGUGUUAUCAUCGGCGAAUGCGCCGAUGAGAGAUUCCUAUAUAGCACCUGGUACCCGCCGAAAGCGGAUACCCUCUCCGCUUUGCGGGACAGAUUAGUCGCCGAUUACCCGGCGCAUAUCGUCGACGCCGUCGUCGAUAUGUACUACCCGGGCGGGGAACUGCCGGGUCACUGCAGGGACUGGGGUGUUGAUGCUUGGGGGAGGGUUUAUGCGGAUUUGCAGGUUCAUUGUAUGCAGCGCGGUUUUGUUGAUGCGCUUACCGGUGGUAAUAGUGGAGGUGUUGAUGCGAAGGGGAAUUUGUUCAGGUAUCGCAUUGAGUGGAGGGCGAAGUGUGUGGAUGCGGCGUUGCCGGUUGAGUGGGGGGUUACGCAUUCUUCGGAUUAUCCGGUUUGGUUUUAUGGGAAUGGGGCUGUGCUUGGGGAGAGGGAGGGGGAGGUUGUUAAAGGGGCUUUCUUGGGGCCGCUGGGGAGGUUUGUGAAUCGGGAGAGGGAGUUUGGGUGGGGGGUUGAUGGGAGGGGGGUGAGGGUUUUGAGGAAGGAUGGAGGUGUUGAAGUUGGAGAGGAUGAGGGGUGGGACGAGGGAGUGAGGGUUUGGAAGAGGUUGAGGGAGGUUGAUUUGGAGUUUUGUUCUUGA